GGCAGGGAAUUAAUCUAAUCUUUUGUGAACUUUGGUAGGACCCAUAGUACCUACCGGCGUCUAUAUAACAGAAAUGGUCGCUCCCCGCUUUCCAUUCUUUAUUGGUCACCCCCAGUGCAUCAAACGAAUCGCAUCUAACCAUGUCUCUCGCCGAGUUCAAAGAAGUUGCCGCCAAGGUUGCUGCCUUCAAGACUGUCCCUGAAGAAGCCGUUUUUGCCGAAUUCUACUCCCUGUACAAGCAGGGCACCGCUGGAGACUGCACAGAUGCUGCACCAAAGGGCUCCGAUUCUCUCUCUGUUGCCAAGCACAACGCCUGGGUUUCUCUGAAGGGAACGUCCAAGGAAGAUGCCCAGAAGAAAUACGUUGCCAGAGCCAAGGAACUCGCUCCAAAGUACGAGAAGUAAUUAAAUCAAAUCAAAAUUGUGUACAUUCCGAUGUGAAACCUUCUCAAAAUAAAUUGUAUUUACACUUUC